AUGGCGUCGAUGUUGUUCGCGGGUUUUCUCCUGAUUGCUUUCUCGUUCGUAGCUCUGCUCACCAGAGACGAUUGCUGCUUAAUAUACUUGCCAGUGAUCAUUAUCGGCGGGGCCAUGUUACUUUUCUCUAGACCAGAGAAGCGAGUCGAUCCUCGGAACAAAGCCGUCCUAGUUACCGGGUGUGAUCGGGGGUUUGGGCUCUCCAUGGCUAAACAUUUCUACUCGCUCGGGUUUGAAGUAUUUGCAGGCUGUCUUUUCAAAGACGGUCGAGGUGAUGGCGCUAUGGAAUUAGAAACAAUGGGUUCUGGUAGAUUGCAUGUGUUACAGUUGGACGUUGCGGAUGAUGAACAAGUGAAGAUGGCCGUGAAAUGCGUUGAGGAACAGACCGGGGAGCGAGGUUUAUGGGCCCUGGUGAAUAAUGCUGGCUUGACUACCUAUGGCCACGUGGAGUGGUGUACAAUGGAGACUUACAAAGAGAUAGCAGAUGUAACAUUGUGGGGAGUGGUACGCACAACAAAAGCCUUUCUGCCUUUAAUACGUAAAUCAAAAGGCCGAGUAAUCAGUGUUACCUCAUGGUUGGGCUUGUUUUCACAUCCUGGUCGCUCUGC